AUGAAUGACAAGGCUCGAUGUCAUCCUUCUGAUGUUAUUAAUAAUAUGAAGAUUCAUCACGAAGUGAAAGUAAGCUAUGAUAAGGCUUGGAGAGGGCGUGAGAUUGCAUCAAAUUCCAUUAGGGGUACUCUGGAGGCCUCAUAUGCCUUGUUGUCAGCAUUCUCUGAUGCAAUGAUCCGAAACAACCUAGGAACGUAUACAACUGAAGAAGCAGAUGAGGAAGGUCGGCUUAAGUCUUAUUUAAUGGCACUCGCUGCUUUAAUUGAUGCAUGGAAUUAUCACCUACCAGUUAUUUUAGUUGAUGAUGCAACCAUGAAGAACAAGUACCUUAGUACGCUUAUUUCUACCUGCACUAUUAAUGGUGAUAAUCAAAUUGUGCCUCUAGCUUUUGUUGUUGUUGAUUCUAAGAAUGACUUGUCACGGACAUGGUUGUUUCGUAAUUUUAAAAUCGUUUUUGGAGAAAAUAAUGAAUUGAACUUGAAAAAGAACCAUAAGUCGCUUUUGAUUGACGAUUCCUUCCAUAAGUGUGCUAGAGCAUAUACCCCAUUGGAGUUUGAGUACUAUAUGAGACAACUUGAUCAUCUUUCUCCAUCAAUUAGAUGUGAGUUGGAAGGGGUUGGAAGACAUAGGUGGGCUAGGGCAUUUUUUAGAAGAAAAAGAUACUCUGUUAUUACAACUAACAUAUCUGAAAGUAUGAAUUCCACUCUGAAAGAAGCACGAGAAUUGCCUGUAAUUGGACUUUUAGAAUCAAUUCGUAGUUUGGUUAAAAAAUGGUUCUAUGAACAUCGUAUCAAAUGA